UUGAAUUGUACAAUAUCAAAUCCACCAGUCAAAUAGAGAUGAAAAUGAAAAUUUCAAAAUUAUGAUUUCUGCUGAAUGUCUGCCUAAUUAAAUAGUAGAGCAUCCUAUGAAUUCUGUGUUUAAAAGAAAAUGAUUUCUUUUUCACAUCUGAUAGUUCCUCUUGUUUCCUUAAUUUUGUUCACCGUUUUCCUCUUCAAAUGGUAUGGAAAUCCUUCUUCAACAGCCCGGAAAAGAUUGCCACCAUCUCCACCAAAGCUUCCCGUAAUUGGAAAUCUUCACCAACUCAGCCUAUUGCCCCAUCGCUCACUGCAAGCGCUAUCCAAAAGCUAUGGUCCACUCAUGUUGGUCCAUCUGGGAAGAAUGCCAGUACUAAUCGUCUCCUCUGCUGAUGCAGCUCGCGAGAUCAUGAAAAGCCAGGACGUGAUUUUCUCAAACAGGCCGAAAUUGAGAGUUAUCGACAAAAUUAUUUAUGGCUCUAAGGACAUAGCUUUUGCUCCUUAUGGUGAGUACUGGAGGCAGGUGAGAAGUAUAUGUGUGCUACAGCUUUUGAGUAAUAAGAGGGUUCAAUCCUUUCGUCGUGUAAGAGAAGAAGAAAUGUCCCUUAUGAUCGAGAAAAUUAAAUGUUCUUCUUCAUCAUCAAUAAACUUGAGCAAUAUAUUUGUGUCACUUACUAAUGAUAUCAUAUGUCGAGUGGCCCUGGGGAGGAAACAUAUUGAUGCACAAGAAAGCACAAAAAUUGUGUCAAAGCUGAAGGAAUUUCAAGAGUUAGCAGGCUUUUUUAAUCUAGGGGAUUACAUUCCAUGGCUUGACUGGAUUAACCGCGUUAAUGGUUUCGAUGCAAAUGUAGAGAAAUUGGCUAGAUGGUUUGAUGAUUUUUUCGAAGGUGUAGUUGAAGAGCACAGACAUCGGAAGAAAGAAGAGACAAAUGUGAUAGACAGCAGCAAUGAAGUAGAUCUUGUGGACAUAUUGCUCGAAAUUCAGAGAGAAAAUGUGGCUGGUUCCCCUAUAGAAAAUGAUACAAUCAAAGCUGUCAUCUUUGAUAUGUUUGUGGCUGGGACAGAUACAUCAUCUUCUGCUUUGGUGUGGACAAUGGCAGAGCUAUUGAAGCACCCAAAAUCCAUGGAGAAAUUGCAGAACGAGGCGAGACAAGUAGCUGGAAGUAAAUUAGAUAUAACAGAGGAUGAUUUAGAUAAAAUGCUCUAUUUAAAGGCAGUGAUGAAAGAGAGUCUACGACUACAUCCUCCAGCUCCAUUGCUACUCCCUCGAGAAUCUACACAAGAUAGCAAAAUAUUAGGCUAUGACAUUGCAGUUGGAACCCGAGUGAUAAUCAAUUCCUGGGCAAUCGCAAGAGACCCAUUUUCGUGGGAAAAUCCGGAAGAUUUUUGUCCAGAAAGAUUUUUAGACACGGGAAUGGACUAUAGAGGGCUUAAUUUUGAGUACAUUCCAUUUGGUGCCGGUCGGAGAGGCUGUCCUGGAAUUACAUUUGCCAUGACCGUCGAUGAGCUUGCAUUAGCAAAAUUGGUGCUUAAUUUUAACUUUGCCUUGCCGCAUGGAGAAGUAGAAAAAGAUUUGGACAUGACAGAAUCCCCUGGAGAGACUGUCUGUAAAAAGAUUCCUCUACUUGUGACUGUUAAAGAGAACGACAAAUAUUAGCUAAGAUAAAUAUUGAAUAAAUAAUUUAUCUUUAUAUCCAUAAUUAUCUUUCUGUGUACUAGUAAUUAGCCAAUAUUAUAGUUACCUAUCAAUAAAAGUAGUUGUCUCUUACGUAUUUCACUCUA